AUGCCGGUAAAUCCGACUAACCGCAGUCAGAAGUCCGAGACCUUUCCCCUGUUUCAGAGCCAGUUAUUCAGCAAAAAGGAAUUUGUGAAUCUUAAUGACCUUUUGCCGAACAACCGCACACCGCAUGCCUCAUCCAGCUCCAAGAGUAAUGCCUCGAAAACCGAGCAGAUUCGUGACCACCACCAGUGGUCAAGAGCGUUUAAUGUUCUGAAGAUGUACCGCUGCGCUAUAUACCCGGAACUGUGGUUGCCAAUGACCAAGUAUAUGGACCACAUCGCACAAACUGCAGCGCUUAAAGGAAUUACACCUGAACAGUGGCUUGCCUACGACCGCCAGUUCCGACUGGCGAUCUGUCGUAACCCAGACGACGUCAUGCAGUGGUCUCCCUUGAAUACGGACACAUCCGGCCGGAAUGUCCAUUGCUGCGUAGCGCUACCAGCAGUCGCCGGACUUCAUGGGUUGGGCAGUCCUUUCUUAACCUCCCCGCCGGUAACGGGGGAUCUAAACCUGACGAAAUCUGCCAGUUGUGGAAUAAAGGACAAUGUACCACCGGAUUGCUCUGCCGAUACGGCCGUCAACAUCGGUGUGCAAACUGCGGUCAACGUGAACAUCGAGAGCCGCAGUGCAAAGCAAAAGUGUACAGCAGUAAUUCCUAAAACUAUCGUUACUCCGCUAAAGGCAGAUGCAUUUGCCCACUUCCUUAAAGAACAUCCUGAUCAGCAGUUCGUAUCCUAUUUAUUGAACAUUUUACGACAUGGUGCCGACAUUGGUUAUCGUGGUCCGAAGCGCAGCAUGCGUACACCUAAUGCUGCAUCUGCUCGUACUUACGCUACACAUCUUCAGACGCAAAUUGAUGCAGAAGUGUCGCUUAUACACUCGGUCGGCCCUUUCAGCUCUCCGCCUUUUCCAACGUUUGUUAAUAAUUUCCUUGGUGUAAGACCUAAGCCGGAUGGGAAGUUUCGAAUUCUUAUGGACAUGUCUCGACCAACCGGCCAAAGUGUUAACGAUUAUAUUAGCAAAGAGGAUUAUUCUUUGGCAUUUUGCAAUGUUGACGAUGCUGUAAAACUUCUCCUGCAAUUGGGUAAAGGUGCUCUUAUGUCUAAAUUUGAUAUUCAGCAUGCUUUUCGCCUUGUAUCAGUCAGACCGGCUGAUUGGCAUCUGCUCGGCUACCAAUGUAACGGCCUUUUCUACUUCGAUAUUGUUCUACCUUUCGGCUCACGUUCUCCACCUUUCAUAUUCUGCUUAAUUUCGGAUGCAGUGCAUUGGGUAUUUGUGCAUGUUACUGGGCAUAAGUUCAUGUUGCACUAUGUUGAUGAUUUUUUCCUUGCAACGCAUUCUGCAGCUGCGAAUGCUACAUCGCACCACGAUAUUCAGCGUGCUGGUCGUUGGACAUCAAAUGCUUACACAUCGUACAUUCGCACGGAAGUUCCUCUGACUGGCAUAUCCUUUUAUCCCAAGGACUAA